AUGGGAAACCAGAUGAUUGAUUCAGAGAAAUCCAGUGUUAGAAUUCAGAAAGUUAAUCAAGGAUGUGUUUGGAGCUGGUUUCAUAUUCUUGAUUAUCAUCAUUGGGGUGUCAAAAGGGCUUUUCGUCAUAGAAAGAAAAGACAGGCUAAAAAUAAGAGAAAGACCACUUUGCAAGACCAACAAAAUGCAGUUACAGAAGCAGAAUCUUCCUUGGUCAAUCAACAUAGAGAAACAUCAAAUGCCAGUAGCGAGAAUGCACUUCCUCGGAAGAAAGAUGGAAAAUCAGCAGAAAGUUCCCUUAGCAGAAACAUUUCUAUUAAGUUUAAGAACAAUGAUGAUGUUUUGGAGAUAGUUAGUAUGGAGAAGAAUUUAUUACUCAAGUUUCUAAAAGAUAUCGACUUCAGCGGUAAAAAAAAUCAUAAAGCUUCUUAUAACAAAGCAAGAUUGACAAAAUCAGGAACCUUUCCUUUACCCGCGUCUGCUAAGACGAAAAACAUUAGUUCUAGUACCUUCCGAUCCAAGCAAGCCAAAAUUUGGAACUUCCCCAAAGGAGAAAACUUCCUUGUAGGAACUCAGGCACCAAAAAAGUUUGGAUCCAAUUCAGUGAACGAUGUUUCUUAUGAAUCGCAGAAGCCUUCCGCGAGUGAUCUUGGAACCGAUAGUGCAGUGGAAAAAAGUCCAAGCGUUUCUUCGAGGCGUUCUGAAGGAUUAAGCCACAGAGGGUGGAAUCAAGUGGUUCUUCAUCAGUUCAAAGUUAUAAAACAGAAGAUCAAACAAGCAGUUGUUGAACUAAAAAAAAGUAGUCACCAAACAUCGGUUUACGCUAUCCACAACAACGAGAAAGAGAUCUCAGAAAGCGUAGAUGUUGGCGCGAUUCAAGAAUACAAAACAAGUAGAAGCUUGAAUGAGACCAAGGCUUUUGAUUCUGAUUUUGAUUCCAACAAACGUGAAGUUCGCCUUCUUAGCGAGUCGAUGGAUAGAUAUACUCAGUUGUUUGAGAAAAGCUUAAGCAGAGAAAUCAAGUGGAAAAGCUCAAAGUCUAAAAGCUUAAAAUUGACAAAUGAUGUCGAUAGCAAUAUUCACAAGAGUAGGCAUGCUCCUAGGUUUGUAAGAAGCAAUUGUUCUAUGCCGAAUCUCGAGUCUUUAGAAUUCAUUCUACAAGAAGCUCUUCUUGAUACAAAGGAUAUAGGAAAUAAUGCAGUGGAAAGUGAUAUCGACGCUGGAACUGAUGAAACAGUUGAAGGGAGUAGCAGAGUUGUGAAUCCUAGUCAUUUAUCUGAUAAGAUAGCGGAGAAAAUUGAAGGAGUUACCUAUGACCGAAGCGAUGAAAGUUUUCCUCAAGAAAACAUGGAAGUAAGCAUGAUGAAUACUUUUCUUAGCAAGGAGGUAACAACAUCACUUGAAACUAGCUUUCAAGACAGUACAAUCAACCAAGCACAAGGUAAAGAGUCGAAUACACGAGGAGACUCAAACACUAGUAUAACCGCGGAAGACACAAACAAGAGUCUUGAAAAUCAUUUCCUGAACUUCAAAUCGUAUUCAGAAAACGAUUCCAAUUUCAAAUAUGUGAAAGAUAUUCUUGAAUACUCCGGUUUCAUAGGAAAUGAACAGAUUCAAACGCGAUACACGGUAGACCAGCCAAUAAAACCAUCCUUAUUCGUAGCAUUAGAAGAAUCUUUGCUUCAUGAAAACGAGUAUUCUGCAGAAGAGAAUAGCAACAUGUUUGAUCACCAGCUUCUCUUUAACUUGAUUAACGAGACACUCUUUGAAAUAUAUGAAAAGUCACCAACAUACUUUCCUAGACCUUUCGCCUUCAACCAUCGGCUCAAACCAAUGCCAAAAGGAAACUAUAUUGUUAAAGAAGUAUGGGAUAAUGUUAGUUCAUAUUUGAGUUUGAGACCAGAGUUAGAUCAGACAUUAGACGAUGUUGUUGGUCGUGAUUUGAUAAAAAGAAGUGGUGGAUGGAUGAAUCUUCAACAGGAAGAGGAGUGUGUAGCACUUGAUUUUGAGGAAAUGAUCAUAGAUGAUUUAUUAGAUGAAAUCAUCUUCUCUUGA